AUGGUACAAUUUCGCCCUGAGACUGGCGGUUUGGGCUCCGAGACCCUUCCAGCCACGGUUGACUUCGCCAAAUCUCAUGAAUCCCCUGUCGAGGGCUCUUUCUGGGCAUCUGCCUUCCUCCACGGGUCUGACAACCACGACUACCUUGUUCUUUCCCACGUCAUGGCGCCGCUGCCCUUCUGGCCCAAAGAAAAAACAGUGUAUCGUGCGUCGAUUCUCGACAUCACGGAUCCAUCGCGAUACAAAAUGUUCGAAUUUUUUGCUCAUGACCCAAAGGCCUUUGCUAGCAGCGGCAGUCUCGACGCGCAGUACGCGGAUUACGGAUUUAGAGCUACGAACCCCAAGGACCCCUUGUCAGACAUUCGCACAUGGAGCUCGGUUCCAGGUGCCGAGUUCGAUUUGACAUUUUCGCUAUCUUCGCCCGCCAUUCUCAACGGCGGCCUUGGCCACUUCCAAGGAUUCACUGGACCUUUGCCGAAUGCCCCGCCUGGGCCUGUGCCAGCCGUCAACCAGUGGAGUAUGCCGGCAGGAAAGGUGGUUUCGGGUCACAUUGUCAUUGACGGAGCCAAGGUCACUGUCGAUGCUGACAAGUCCUUGACGUGGUACGAUCGACAGUGGGGAGUAGCGCCUUUCGAUUGGACAUGGUUCCAACUGCACCUCAACUCCGGCACUACCGACAUCCCCAUGUCUGUCUGGUGGUGGAAAGCGAAGGACGGAGUGAAAGGAUUCGCGACCAUCAGAGAAGAUGGAGGCAUACAGAAGGUGGUUCCUAUUGUCUCUCUGGAGCCAUCGAACCGGACAUACACUUCCAAGCUGUCAGGCAAUGUGUAUCCACUUGACUGGACUUUGGUCAUGGUGGAUGGCACAAAGCUCGAGCUGUCGAGCGUCAGGGAAGACCAAGAGCUUGUUUCCCCGGAAGGCGAAUUUCCAGCUUACGGUGGAUAUAUCGAGGUAAAGGGCAUUUAUGGAGGCCGCCAGCCAGUGACUGGCUAUGGAGUAGUCGAGGUAGUCCCACCAGGAUCCUUCUAA